GCGUGACGUAUAAUUUACUGGACGGGACGCUUCUUCAGGAACAACAAGGCGCCUACUCUUUCAACCACCUCGGUAGCUUGCUAGCCAACAUAAAACUGAAAGAUUGACGCUUUAGACCAUGUUAAUGUACAUUAGCUAAUCCCAGUGUUUAAAACACAGUUCUGUUGACGUAUCUAGUGGUUAACUUGAACCUAAUUUGCUUGUUCAAUUUGCAAACUUGUUAAAUAUUGAUACUGAGCCUAGUCCUAGGCUAGUCGCUAAUGCUAACUAGCUAGUUAACUUGCUAACAUCCCUGACCAUGAGUUCACUAAACUACUCCUCCCCUGUUAAAGAAGAGGAUGUCUACUGGACGGAGAAAGAACCUCUGGAUUUGAACAUUGUCGUGAAAGAAGAGGAGGAUAUUACAGUGAAAGAAGAGAAAGAACCUUUCAGAAUGAAAAAGGAGGAAGAGGAGGUUGUUAUAGGGAAAGAAGAGAAAGAACCUUUUAGAGAGGAAGAGGACGCUAUCUCAAUAAAGGUGAAGAAGGAAGACGUUCUGGGAGUGAAAGAGGAGACAGAAUAUCAGAUUACCACCAGAGAGAGACAUGACUAUUGUGGAUCCUCUGGGGAGCCUCAACAACAUCCUGAUGCUGACAAGGCAGAGAAGAGUCUCUCCAGAUCAGAACACCAGAUGGACAACGUAAGCCCUUCCCCCCUCCCGGUGUCCCCGUGUCAUUCCUCUCCCGGUAGCACCUUACUGCUGGGUAUGAAGAGGUUGUCUGUGCUGCUGGUGGACUGCAGGAAAACAACGGGGCUGAGUGGAACUGUGAGAGGAGAAGAGAAGAAAGGAUCAGAUUUGACACAUCAAAGAGAAAGACCAGACUCAGAGGAACCAGAGCCAGGGACGUCCAAACCAGCAAGACGACACCAGUGCUCCCACUGUGGAAAGGGUUGUAACCGGUUAUGGAACAUGAAACAACAUGAGAAAAUACACUCAAGGGAGAAGCCUUACCACUGCUCCCAGUGUGGAAAGAGUGUUACGAUUUUAGGAAACCUGAAAGCUCACGAGAGAAUACACACAGGGGAGAAGCCUUACCACUGCUCCCAGUGUGGAAAGAGUUUUGCAAUUUUAGGAAACCUGAAAGCCCAUGAGAGAAUACACACAGGGGAGAAGCCUUACCACUGCUCCCAGUGUGGAAAGUGUUUCAACCAGACAGGGGAGCUGAAACAGCAUGAGAGAAUACACACAGGGGAGAAGCCUUACAGCUGCUCCCAGUGUGGGAAGUGUUUUAACCAUUUAGGAACACUGAAAGCCCAUGAGAGAAUACACACAGGGGAGAAGCCUUACCACUGCUCCCAGUGUGCAAAGUGUUUUAACCAAUUAGGGGUCCUGAAAAACCAUGAGCGAAUACACACAGGUGAGAAGCCUUACCACUGCUCCCAGUGUGAAAAGAGUUUUAACGAUUUAGGGAACCUGAAACAACAUGAGAGAUUACACACAGGAGAGAAGCCUUACCACUGCUCCCAGUGUGGAAAGAGUUUUAAGCUUUUACGAUACCUGAAAGCUCAUGAGAGAAUACACACAGGGGUGAAGCCUUACCACUGCUCCCAGUGUGGAAUGUGUUUUAACCAUUUAGGAACCCUGAAAGCUCACGAGAGAAUACACACAGGGGAGAAGCCUUACCACUGCUCCCAGUGUGGAAAGAGUUUUACGGUUUUAGGAACCCUGAAAGCUCACGAGAGAAUACAUACAGGGGAGAAGCCUUACCACUGCUCCCAGUGUGCAAAGUGUUUUAACUAUUUAGGGGACCUGAAAAAACACGAGAGAAUACACACGGGGGAGAAGCCUUACCACUGCUCCCAGUGUGGAAAGAGUUUUACGGUUUUAGGAACCCUGAAAGCUCAUGAGAGAAUACACACAGGGGAUAAGCCUUACCACUGCUCCCAGGGUGCAAAGCUUUUGCCCAUUACGGAGAAAGAAGCUUUCAGAAUGAAAAAGGAGGAAGAGGAGGCUAUCACAUUGAAAGAAGAAGAAGAGGAGGAUAGGAAAGAGGUUGUCAGGCUGGAGGAGGAGGUAGAAGCUUUCAGAAUCAAAAAGGAGGAAGAUUCCAUAACAUUGAAAGAAGAGGAAGAACCUUUUGGAGUAAAAGAGGAAGAGGAGGCUAUCUCAGUAAAAGAGGAGGAGGAAGACGUUUUGGGAGUGAAAAAGGAGGAGGAGGAGACAGAAUAUCAGAUUACCACCAGAGAGAGACAUGACAAUUGUGGAUCCUCUGGGGAGCCUCAACAAGAUCCUGAUGCUGACGAGGCAGAGAAGAGUCUCUCCAGAUCAGAACACCAGAUGGACAAAGCUAGGCCUUCCACCCUCCCGGAGUCCCCAUGUCGUGCCUCUCCCGGUAGCGCCUUACUGCUGGGUAUGAAGAGGUUGUCUGUGCUGCUGGUGGACUGCAGGAAAACAACGGGGCAGAGUGGAACUGUGAGAGGAGGAGAAGAGAAGAAAGGAUCAGAUUUGACACAUCAAAGAGAAAGACCAGACUCCGAGGAACCAGAGCCAGAGACGUCCAAACCAGCAAGACGACACCAGUGCUCCCAGUGUGGAAAGAAUUUUAAACACUUACGUAACCUGAAAACACAUGAGAGAAUACACACACAGGAGAAGCCUUACCACUGCUCCCAGUGUGGAACGGGUUGUAACCGGUUAAGGGACCUGAAACAGCAUGAGAGAAUACACACAGGGGAGAAGCCUUACCACUGCUCCCAGUGUGGGAAGCGUUUUACCCAGUUAUGUAACCUGAAAACACAUGAGCGUAUACACACAGGGGAGAAGUGUUACCACUGCUCUCAGUGUGGAAAGAGUUAUACAACAUUUGGGAGCCUGAAAAUACAUGAGAGAAUACAUACAGGAGAAAAGCUGUUCCACUGCUCUCAGUGUGGUAAGAGUUUUAACCAGAAAGGAUACCUGAAACAACACGCGAGAAUACACACAGGGGAGAAGCCUUACCACUGCUGCCAGUGUGGAAAGAGUUUUAACCAAAAAGCCCACCUGAACCAACAUGAGAGAAUACACACAGGAGAGAAGCCUUACCACUGCUCCCAGUUGGGAACGGGUUUUAACCAGUUAAGGGACCAUGAGAGAAUACACACAGGGGAGAAGCCUCACCACUGCUCUCAGUGUGGAAAGAGUUUUACAAUAAUGGGGAGCUUGAAAAUACAUGAGAGGAUGCAUACAGGAGAAAAGCCGUACCACUGCUCCCAGUGUGGAAAGAGUUUUACAGCGUUAGGGAGCCUGAAAAUACAUGCGAGAAUGCAUACAGGAGAAAAGCCGUACCACUGCGCCCAUUGUGGAAAGAGUUUUACCCACUUAAGUAACCUGAAAACACACGAGAGAAUACACACAGGGGAGAAGCCUUACCACUGCUCCCAGUGUAGAAAGAGUUUUACUCACUUGUGUAACUUGAAAACUCAUGAGCGAAUACACACAGGGGAGAAGCCUUACCACUGCUCCCAGUGUGAAAAGAGUUUUACAGAGUUAGGUAACAUGAAAAGACAUGAGAUAAAGCACAGAGGAGAUAAAGAUGUAGGCUGCUGAACAUUAGGACAUAGGACAAAUGUAGGCCUCUGAACAGUGAGAAAUAGGACAGGUCCAGGCCCAAUACAUGGUGGGACAGUAGUUCCCAGAGACUCUGAAUGUGUCUUAACUUCCCAGUGUUUUCCCUACUGCUUGUAUUAUAGUGGAUUGUGUUUGUGGAUUUGUUUGCUGACUUCACAAAAUGAAUUUCCAUUUAAAUGGGCUAAGUAUAUCGUACUUUGCUCUCAAUUUGAGAAGAAAAAAUAUCCAGUUAGAGGAGGGUUUCCCCAACUCAGUCCUUGGGGGAAGAUCAGCUUUAAUAUUGAACAUAGAUUGUAGAUUCCAUCAAUGUAAUUGUCUGCAUCAUUUCCAAUCAUCCAAAUAUUUUUGGGUAAAUAUACAAAUAUACUGUUAUCUCAGAAUGAUGUUGUGGAUAAUUAAGUAGUGGUCCUAUAAUGUAAACUCCAACAGAAAUAAAUGAACAUGUAUAUCUUCAAGUUAAACAAUAGUUUUCACUCAUGACUACUGGUUUCAAUUACAUUUAUCAAACUAACAAGCAAAUAUUUUAGAAAUAUAUUGUUACAAAUCAACUUGCAAGGUUUCUAGUCUGCUAACAUUGGCCUUACCAGCCUAUAAAUAAUGUACACUACCGUUCAAAAAUUUUAGAACACCUAAAAAAAAAAUGUUUUUAUUGAAAUUCAUACAGUUGAAUGUCUUAAUGUACUCUGAAAUUAAAGCAUAGAACAAAUAAACAAUUGGAGACAAAAAAUAAAUUAUGGAAUCGUUUUAUUUAUCAAAAUGUAAUCAACAUUUUUUGACUCAUCAAAGUAGCCACCUUUUGCAGACAUAACAGCCGAACACACUCGUGGCAUUCUUUCUACUAUGGAAAUCAAAUUAUUCUUUGGAAUGUUCUUCCCAACACUGUUACAGAAAUUCCCACAUGUGUUGCACAGGUUUCUUUGCUUUCACCCUUCUGCCCAGUUCAUCCCAAACCAGCACCAUGGGGUUUAAGGCUGGAGACUGUGCUGGCCAUUCCAUGAUUUGAAGACUACUGUCUUGUUCUUUUCUUCUAAGGUAGUUCUGACAUAGCCUGGAUGUAUGUUUUGGGUGAUUAUCUUGCUGUAGGAUGAACCCCAUAGCCUGGA